AUGAUUAUCUUCGAGGACAUUAUCUCCGGCGACGAGAUGGUCGCCGACACCUUCAACCUGAAGGUCGUCGACGGCGUUCUCUUCGAGUGCGACUGCCGCAAGUACAUGAAGAGCACCAACGAGGACUUCCAGCUCGAGGGUGCCAACCCCUCCGCUGAGGGUGGUGAUGACGAUGAGGGUGGUGAGGGUGAGAAGGUCAUGGUCCACGACAUCGAGGACCAGUUCCGUCUCGUCUGGCUCAAGACCGAGGAGGGUCUCAAGCCCUCCAAGGAUGCCUUCAAGUCUCACCUCAAGAGCUACAUGAAGAAGGUCCUCGGCAAGCUCACCGAGACCGGUGCCAGCGAGGAGACCAUCAAUGAGUUCAAGAAGGGUGCCCCCGGUGCCGUCAAGAAGAUCCUGGCCAACUACGACAACUACGAUGUCCUCAUGGGUCAGUCCAUGGACGGUGAUGCUAUGCACGUCCUCAUCGACUUCCGUGAUGACGGUGUCACCCCCUACGCCACCCUCUGGAAGCACGGUCUCCGCGAGGUCAAGGUCUAA